CACCAGAACCUUUUCGAAGUCUUCUUGCUGCACAAGAAAGGGUCGAGAGCGCGUGUGGAGAACUACCGACCGAUAUCGUUGAUGCCAGUGGAGGUAAAAGUGCUCUCCAGGGUUCUCGUCGAGCGCUUAAAGCCUCUGAUGCACAAGUUGGUCCAUGAGAACCAGCAAGGUUUCAUCCCCGGUCGCUCGCUCCAUCACCACCUGUUGUUGCUUUUGGACCUGCAAGCCUUCUGCCAGUCCACGGGUCAAUCGGUGUUCGCCGCUUUUCUAGACUUCGAGAAGGCUUAUGACCGAGUCGAUUGGAAGUAUUUGCUUCGUGUCAUGGAACGACAAGGGUUUGGUCCCCGCUUCCUCAAGUGGAUCCACAUUCUUUACUCGAAACCAGCUUGCUCCCUCAUGCUGGACGGCUGGAGCCAACCCAAAUUAUUCCCGUCUCGUGGUGUGAAGCAGGGUGAUCCGCUCUCGCCGUACUUGUUCCUGCUGGCAAUGGUCCCUCUGGGAGUGAUGCUUCGUCGUCAACCGGGCGUUGGUAUCCCUCUGCCUAUGCGCCGCAUUGCUACAAGCCUCUUCUUCGCGGAUGACUCGUUGCUCCUCGCAGCGUCCAUCGAGGGGGUACACGCCCAACUUUUGACAGUCCAAGUCUAUUGCGCGGGCUCCGGAGCCAAAUUAAAUGCCUCCAAGUCAAGACUGCUUCCGCUGUCUGGCACCUCCGCCAGGAUAACUUCGGCUCCGCUGCCGGUAGUCGCAGCCGAUGAACGUGUUCGAUACCUAGACAUCGACUUCGGGUAUAAUGUUAACGCCGAGGCCACGGAGCGGGACCUUGACCAGAAGCUGAGUCAAGCACUGCGACGGUGGCAGUAUCGCGCCCGCACUUUCGAAGGCCGCAAACUGAUAGUGACGACGAUGGUACUCUCCUUGCUCUGGUACAAAGCCCUUCAUCUCGUCAUCCGUCCGACCACGAUCCACAGAUGGCAGCGCAUGAUCAUUGACUUCGUCGUUUACAAGAAAGUACCACCCGCCUCAGCUCGGAUCCGCCUUACCACCGCAGAAUUGGCAGUGACUCCGACAGCGCAAGGAGGCCUCGGUGUCCCAGAACUCGCCUUGUUCCUCACGCGCCACAAGAUGCGACUAUUCCAAGAGUUUGCAGCGACGGUCGAAUUGUCGACCACAUCUGCGAUUCCGCUCUGGGCAGUUCUCCCCCUUUGGGCCGCCUACGGCGGUGAGAUUUCACACUCGACCCGUCUCGACGACAUAUUCUACCUAUCCGCCCGUGGUCGUCAACCUGGCCACGUCACGUCAUGGUGGAAAUGGGCGUGGUGCCAGUGUUACCGGUCUCUCUUCGACUUUCUGGAACCUAUUGGAGCCACUUUCUCUCUAGCUGACUUUAUGCACUGGUUUCUCGGCCGCCAUGAACUGUUCCGGUUUCGUGAUGCCCACGCUUUGUUGAUGAGAGUCUUUCAGAGACUGUCCGUGGUGAUCCACGCCAUUACAACCAGCACCGGUGGUCUACUCGUCGUUCUCCAACGUCCAGACUCAGUCGCCGGUCUACUCGGCGUCACGACACAGUCACGCUUUCGGUUCUUUCCUCAUCUCCGCAAGCAAGAUUGGACCGCGCUCCGAGCCAAACGCCUUCAUUGCGAAGUUAGCGCGCUCAAAGGUCACUCCAACCGACUGGCGCUAGUCAAGCGAUGGAUGCUGCCUACCACAUACGACAUCCAGUUUCGGGUGCUCCAUGAGCUGAUGCACGUGAACAGCAAGCGUUUCUUUCUCCAAACCGGACGCCGCGACCCGACCACCUGCCCCAGACAAGAUUGCUACCAGCGCGAGAGUCUGGCCCACUGCUUUUGGCUCUGCUCACCAACUCAGCAGACGUGGUCUGCACUACGUCCAAUCUGGUCCCUGCUACUCCGUUGCACGCCCUCCUGGUUGGGCUUUCUUCUCGGGACCACGGAGCUGCUUCACUCGAGCUGGGCAGCGCACCACGAACUGGCAUACGGCUUGUGGCUGAUACUCCGCGGCAUUUUCAUACGAGCCACCUGGAUCAACCGAACCAACGACGCUUUCGGUCGGGAAGCUGCUAGCCCCAAGGUCAUUGCUGCCGGCGUCAAGUCCUCCUUCAUUGCCCAUUUGCGCUCGCUCAACCGUCGACGCCACAUGAUCAAGGUCGACACAGCCACUCUGUACUCCUUCAUCCAGCGCCUUGUCUCCGGCCCUGAGGAUGACUCGACGAGCCGCUGCGCGGAUACUCCACGCCCCAGAGUGCCGCUCUGGAUCGCCCAUCGUUAAGAUGCAUAUUUCCGUACUCAGUCAAAUCAGCAUCAAACGAGGUC